AUGGCUUUAGAUACAGUGCCUGCGCCCUCCGAAAUUGCUCACCUGGGGUUCCGAUCCAAGAACCCCGAGAAACUAGUCGACUUCUACCAGAGAUUCUUAGGCGCAAGGGUCCAACUCGCCAACGACUUCAUUUCCCUUCUCGCGUGGGACAAGGAGCACCACCGCCUGGCCAUCAUCAACGACCCCUCGGCCGCUGCCAAAGAUGAAGGUGGCUGCGGAAUAGAUCACAUCGCACUAAAGUUCGCCUCCGUGGGCGACCUGGUUAAGGUAUAUCGGGCGGGCAAGGAGGCGGGCAUCACACCUUUUCGAUGCCUCAACCACGGGGUAUCCAGCAGCUUGUACUACAAGGACCCCGAUGGCAAUCAUGUUGAGGUCAUGAUCGAGGCCUACGACAACCCGGAGGACGUAGAGAAGUACAUGAAGACCCUGGAUCCCAUGAAGAUCAAGCUGGCCAAAUUCGACCCCGAAGAUCUGCUGCGCAGAGUCGAUGCCGGGGAAGAUGAGGAAACCUUGAGAAGAGCAGGUUUCAUUGGCCCACCCCCUACAGCGCUGGAGUGCUGA